AUGGCCGAGAGGCAGCCCAUGCUCUCGUUUGCUAAGGUGGUCUCUGGCCAAACAGGAGAAUCAGCUGCUGAAAAUCCAGCAGGUCGAACUGCUUCACCGCCUCGUUCUGGUCAGAAAAUGGACCACAAAAGUGACAAGAGACAUGACAAGGGUGAACGCCAAGACCGCAUAGACCGAAAUGAGAAGCAUGACAGGAAUUUCGGAAAUAGGCGUCGCCCGCCGAAGUACAAGGAUCGUCAAGAAAAGCGUGGAAUUAAGCCAGAACCCGUGAAGGAAGAAAAAACUCCUGCUGUUGAGGAACCGGUGGCCCCUCAACCUGAACCUGUUGUGCUGGAGCCAGCCCCUCUGCCUGCUGUGAAUGCGUGGUUUAGAAACAAAGGGUCGUGCGACUCCAACCAAGGUUCAGAAUCUGGAUGCACAGAAAAAGUUGAAGAAAGUAAACAAGUGGAGGAUGAGGGUAAGGAUUUGUCUAUCUCUAACAAUCCAGUAACAAUAGCGACAACAGAUGUAGCCAAGUCUAAGACUGUGGAUCCAGAGUGGCCUACUUUGGAUGCUGCGAAGCAGGACGAGAUGUUAGCCAACGGAAUCGAUUCUCGGCAACAUUCUCCCACGGCUGAAUCAGCCAAGGAAGAUCAGGAGAGUAUAGGAAAUGGACAAAAAUCUUCGAAAGGUAGAAACAAUUGGAAGAAAAUCGAAAUCGAGGUCGACUAUGGUAAUAAGGGAAAGCCGGUGAACUCAAGGGAAAAAAUUGGAUCGAAAAAGGAGGAGAAGCCAAAU